AUGUUUUCGGAAGCUACACCCCUUCGUGGAAUAUUGAAAUGCCCUACGCCUGAUGAGUGCAAAUCGGGCGUCACAAGUUACGACGAUUGUGGUUUAUCACGUAAUUCAAAUUGCUUUCAAGCUGAGCAAUGUAUCACUGUAACCAAUGACGGCCCGCAGAAAAAAGUACAGGUAGGGAUAUCCUACGAAGACGCCUCUGUGAAAGAUCAACAGAAGAUACUUCAACAAGCUGACCGGAACGCUGAAUCUAUCGUAUAUAAAGAUCAAAAUGGCCGACAUAUCAGGCGAGUUUUCAGAACGACUAUGUCUGAAUCAGCGGUCCGAGAACCUUUAAACUUUUGCGAAGAUGCUGACUUUCAAUCCAAACAGCCUGCUCGCAAAGUUUUUGGUGGUUACAGAAAGGGUGGUGAGAUAUGGGGUACCUAUACGGCGUUAUUAGUUCUAACCACGGGACGAGCAAAGUAUUUUGGUGCACUCAAUUUCUGUUGCGGAGCAUUAGUGAACGUGCAAACUGUAAUAACAGCUGGUCAUUGUGUUGAUCACCUUCCAAUCGAUCUUCCAAAAAGCUCAUUGCGUGUCAUAAUCAACGCCGAAAGGCGAUUACGGCGAACGAAUAAAACUUUAUACAAAAAAGUUUUAAAAGCUGUAACACAUCGACAAUAUGCUAACAAGUGGGAGAGGGGUGACAACGAUAUCGCUCUUUUAAUUCUAUAUAGUCCGAUUAAAAAGCGCGUUGAUUAUUUGAUACCUUUAAAUCCUCCAAAAAUUAAUAUGGAUUGCGUUGCAACUGGAUGGGGUCAAGUAUUUCCGGAUGGUCCAAGCCCGGAUAGAAUUUUAUUUGUGGAUAUGCGUCUGACAGCAACCACAAUCUGCAAUAUUGUGUAUGGCGCUAAUAAUAAGCAUGCACUGUGUGCAAAAUCGCCUCAGUCAGCUAAAGGUCUUUGCAAAGGAGAUUCCGGAGCACCCUUGUUUUGUAACGGUAAUAUUUUACUUUUAUUCUUCCAAGUCCUGCAUUUAGUGAGGCAAUCAAAAGCACGUUUUCCAUUAGGUAAAAUUCAUGGUCUGCUUUCGGAGGGUGCUUCAUCAUGUGAUGAUCAUGAAAUCUACGUUAACGUCUAUCGUCACUCAAAUUGGAUUAAAAAAAAUAUGCAAAAAAUUCGACGCCGUGCCGCAAAGGCUUGUCAACAUGCGUGUGCGCCAAUGUUAUUGUUCCUUCCAAUGUUCGUAUAA